AUGGAAUAUGUUGCAAAUAACGAAAAUAUGAAUGGCGAUAGAACCUCAAAUGAUUCUUUUUUAAUUAGCGAAACUGAAUCAUCUAUACAAACUGAGUUAUCAAAUAAUAGGGCGAGUUGUAGGUAUUGUCCUCAUACAAGGGCUAGAGAAAGAGCUCAGAAAAUGAAAUCUCAUCUUGCAAUAAAAUAUAAAGAAAGAGUACCUAGAGAAGUUCGAGUUAAAUUGUGUUUGGAUACUUAUUAUGACACAAAAGAAGUUAUUGAUAAGGCUAAAGAAACAAGAGCCAACCAAUUAUUAAUUAAAUGGAUUGUGUGUUCGGAUAUAUUAUUUUCAGCCUUUGAUAAUUUUUUCUUUGAAGAUUAUACCAAGAUAUUAAAUCCUAGUUAUGAUCCAUCUAAGCGCACCAUAUUAGCAUCAUCAAUUUUGGAUUCAGAGAUGACAAAUAUCAUAAUUAAAGUAGAAAAUAAGCUAUCUAAGACCAAAAAUUUAACUUUAUAUAUAGAUAUUUGGUGCAGCCCAUUGAAACAAAGCAUAUACACUUUUGUUAUAAUAACAAAUAAAAGGAAACAAAAUUCUUACUCUGCUAGUGCUGCUCUCAGAGAAAAAAUUAUAUACACCUUUACUCUUGGUAGAAAUUUAAAAUCAACAACUAAGACCCAGUGGUUAACACAAUUACAGAAUAUUCUCAGCUCAGCAAAACAAGCUAUAAAAAAUGUAGAAUUUCGAACUACUGCAUUGGCAGAUAUAUUUGUUGAACUGGUAAAAAUGACAAUUGCAAUUCAAGUGACAUUUGUUUUAUAUAAUAGUCAAUUUUGGCAUGAUU